AUUUCUAUACAAAUCGCAGUCUACCCCCUAAGCAAUGGAACUACUAACUUUUCUUUCCACAAAUAUCAAUAACCUUUAUUCUCAAAAAAAGAAAUUUCUGGUUUCUGAUGCCGUGUCUGAUUACAUACGUUCGCCUUUUGCUCUAACUAAGAAAUUUAUAGGUUCCGAUGCAGUGUCUGAUCUAACCCACAAGUUUUCUGAUCAAAUAAAGAAAUUUCUGGCUUCUGGUGCUGUGCCUGAUUACAGGCGUUCGCCUUUUGAUCUAAUAAAGAAGUUUACAGCUGAUGCAGUGUCUGAUUUCAUCCGCAAACUUUCUGAUCUAACAAAGAAAUUUCUGGCUUCUGAAACAGUGGUAUAUGUCCUGCGAUGGUUUAAGAAAGAAAACGUUCCUAUAAUGGUUGCAGUGGUAGUGAUAGUACUCCUGUUUGGUGGUUGCUGUGGAGGUGCUGCCAAGAGUGUUAAAACAAUGAAAGCACCAGGGAGGAACUAUCGCAUGCCAAGGAGUAAUUUUGAAGCAAAUCCUUCUGCUUAUUUUAGGGGCUUGCGCAAGCGGUAGAAGAUAUAUCGAUCCUAAGCCUCCAAUAUGGUUGUUUCCAGUGACUUCUUCACCGGCAGCAGACCCUCUUUUCUUCUUCUCUUCAUCGACCUUGCUGUGUUUUCUUCUUUUCGAGUGGUCUUUCAAAAGCUUUGAUCUGUUCUAGCUAGUAGUAGUAGAUGCCUUGGGGGGGUUAGCAGGAUGGUAUGCUGCAUGGGAUAGGCUGGGCUGGGGUGAGCUUGCUUCAACUUAUAUGUUUCAAUAAUAAAGUGAAAUAUUGGUCUUCAUGAUCAACCAUAUCCAUUUCAUCAAUUCAUAUAUAUAGAUUAUAUUUACAUGACAA